UUUUUUAUAUCACUCCAUUGAUCUAUUACCUUAUCCUAUCUUCUCUCUUCUUCAAAACUCUCUCUGUCUCUCUCUCUCUCUCUCUCUCUCUCUCCACUUCAAUUUUCAGUAUUCACAAAUGGCCACAAACACUCUCUCCACAAUCUCCCUCACACUCCGUUCCCCCUCUUAUCCUUCACCCGCUCCAAAACCCACUUUCCUCCACUUCCCCACCGCUAAACCCACCCAGCGUCGUCUCACCCACUUCCGUCCCAUCUCCGCAGUGUCCGCCCCAGAAAAGAUCGAAGAGCUCGGCGCCCAAAUCUCCUCCCUCACUCUCGAAGAAGCCAAGACCUUGGUCGACUACCUCCAAGAAAAGCUCGGCGUCUCCGCCGCCUCCUUCGCCCCAGUAGCCGUCGCCGGAGCCGCCGUCGCUGGAGCUGACGCGGGACCAGCCGUUGUCGAAGAGAAGACCGAGUUCGACGUGGUUAUCGAGGAUGUCCCCAGCAGUUCGAGGAUUUCGGUGAUCAAGGCGGUGAGGGCGUUGACGAGCUUGGCUUUGAAGGAGGCUAAGGAGUUGAUUGAAGGGUUGCCGAAGAAGUUUAAGGAAGGGGUUUCUAAAGAUGAGGCUGAAGAGGCCAAGAAGCAGCUCGAGGAAGCUGGAGCUAAGAUUGCUAUUGUGUAAUUUGAAUUUGAUUUUGAUUUUGAUUUUGCGGUUUCUAAUGGUUAAUUUGUGUUUUUGGGUUUAGUUUGUAGUUGGGUUUUGGUGGUACAGUGAAAUGUGAUUGGUGUUCAUGAAUGAAUUUCGCAAAUUUAGUGGUUUUUUUUUCUUUUUUGGUUGCACUCCCUGUGUUUGUUGUAAUGCCGCAAAGAAUGUGAUAGACAAAGAGGAGCUUGUGCAAUGAUAGUGCAUUUUAUAGA